UAGAGCGCCUUUUCAAGAAAAUCUGAACCGCACAUGUAUCGAAGCAACAUCCUCAUAUGUGGCGACGACUAAUUCCCUCACGUGCAACACGCAAUCACAAUGCCCCAUCAUGGCCGAAAAGAUGGACUGAGCCUGUGCAGACCCGAUCGUUCUCCUUAACCAAUCACUAUCAUUUCGGCUUGGAAUCGCUUCCGGUCAUACUUAUGCCUCCUACAGUGUUUGGCGGACUUUUGGUGACACUUUGGGCGUAUAAAUGCUUGAUGAUGGUCGUUUUCCAGAACAAGAUCAUUUAUAUGCCUUCCGUUCCGCCAUUCUCCAGAUCCGAGAAAAUCAGCGAUUAUGCUGCCCAAUGCAAACCCGUCAUCUGGACGGACCAUUCAUUGAGAGCAGCCGACGGAACAGCGAUAAAAGUUGUGGAAGGGACAGUUGAUCUGCCUAAGAAGCUCAAAGUUACCGAGGAUAUUGUUAUCGUGUACUUCCAAGGCAAUGCCUCUUCUCUGCCUCCUCGCCUUCCAUACCUCUCCAAUGUGUUGAAAGGACUAGCUCGCGAGGAUGAUAGUAAAAUGUACACCAUUGUCGCAUUAUCUUACCGUGGCUACUGGACCUCAAAGGGCAGCCCUUCACAGACGGGAAUUGAGCUCGAUGCUGAAGCGGCGCUCGAAUGGGUUCGAAAGAGAUAUGACCAAGGCCGCACUAAGACUGUCGUUUGGGGGCAGUCGAUCGGUGCUGGAGUUGCAACGGUGAGUUUGGCGAAUUUAUUGAGACAUAGUAAGGGCAACCUACUGCAGCUCCGUGGACUUAUUCUCGAAACCCCUUUUGUCGAUCUGAAAGCAGUGCUUGUGGCUCUGUAUCCACAAAAGUUCCUACCUUACCGGUACCUGGCACCAUUCUUACGCUCCACUUGGGACAGCAAGAGCUCGCUCACCAGCAUUGGCGAGAGCAAGCCGAAUCUGAAGGUAUUGGUCCUGGAAGCUGGCAAUGACGAGAUAGUACCUCCUGGGCAAGCCGAGGCACUGGAAGAGGUCUGCGCCCAGCAAUGCCUUCAGGUCGAUCGCAAGACUAUCGCCGGGGCCUUACACACUGAAGUCAUGACCAAAGCCCAGGGACGAAGCCAUGUUGUGAAGUUCCUUCAAUCUCUCUGAGAGUGUAACAUGCUGGAGAUACUCUAUGAGUGCAAUUAUUGGAUACUCAAGGGCGUUUGCGGUCAGGCAGCGUCCAACAGCAGAAAUUGUUUCCCGCAGACGACAUGGAUGUAUUGCUCGUGGUUCUUCAGUCUAGAAAGCUCCGGUCCCGCCUGUGCUCGAGGUCAAAUGCCGGAUCAUACUCGAAGGUAUCUGAGAUCUGCUUUUCAUCCUAGGUCAGAUUGUCGGACUCAAGGGUAAUUGCAUCGUCAAACUCGACUGGCAAUCGUUGGGCUUGAUGCAAUCGGCCGUACAAACGUUCUAUGCUCAGACCUAAGCCCGUUCCGCGCUUUCCUUUUCGCGACACCAAUUCACGAAUGUUAGAGUGCGAGCGGCAAACAUCUGCACUCACUGAACGAUACGGAAAUAUCAGUAGGGGCUUGCUGCUAGUUGCUAUGAGGGAAUUCCAUCGAGAAGGCCAGUGUUCUUGCUCUGACAAACAAUUAUGGCCGCCGCACAAAGCCGCAGUUGAGAACAACCCUUACUAAACACUGCCGGAUCCUGAGCAGAAUGCUGUGUUGCUUCUACCAAUAUGGUCUAUCCGUGCAAUCUUUCUCUGGGAAGAAAUUGCAUGGUCAGUCGCGCCGGACGUACCUAUCUGCUUUUACAGUAGCAACGCUUCGCAGUCAGUACUUCAGGGCCAAGAAUCCAGAAGCAGCAUCAAGCCUAGGAGAAUCAACUACGUUUCGUGUUUACGCUCAACUCAU